GCUGAAGUGAAAAGUGGAAGACUGACUGGGCCAUCACGAGCUUGUAAUCCAAGGAGAGUCACGGAGAUAUUAAGUAGAGACUCUUUGUAAAAAGCACAGCGAAAGACGCUGGAGGAAUACCUGAGCCCCCAGAAAGAAGAGACAUGAAUUUGACUGACUUUGUGGUGCUAGCUAACGACAAGGCCAAAUCCGUCAAACUCAAUGCCAGGAACCUGCAAGAACUGCAGAUGGAGACUGUGACUUUGGCCCAGGAGAGCAAAGAGAUGGAGGAGAAACUGCAACAACUGAGAGAAAGCAUGAGUAAAGAGAAGGAGGAGAGAGGGCAUUCAGGAGGGUUUAGAUGGAAGUCUGGACAAUCUGGUUCCUUAAACAGUUAUGCUCUAACAAACAGUGCCAAGAAGAACAAGGAAUACAGACUCCAAAAGCUGUCAGCAGGCAAGGUGAAAAUCCGAGUGCUGAAGGAUGAACCACUGACAGCAAUCAUGAGCAGCUACAGAACACCACCCUGGGAACUGGUAGAGGUUCAGUGUGUUCCCAACAGUUACUUCAGUAAGGUGGAUACUUGCCAUCACAGGGGCCAGACCGUGGAGUCCUCUUGUUAA